AGAUUAAAAAGCAUGAGAGAGAAGAGUGCGCACAGAGCGCACAGAGCGCACGGAGUGGUAUUCUCUCAAAGGAGUCAAGUGCGGGACUUUACUGCCCACCCAGCUUCUGCAAUUCUGGAUCAACGCUACUUCCGAACAGGACUGGAGACCGAGUAAAGUUUUUAGUUUAGUGGGAGUGUUGUGAAGGAUGGGUGAGCACCUGCCUGCUGCUCUGCUAGAGGCCUGUGUGGUGGUGGGAGCCUCCAGUGAGAAACUACGAGAACUCUCCCAGAGCUGGCAGCAGAGCCCUGUCAGUAAUGGGGCCCCUGUGACGCUGGAGCCGGAGGUGCUGCAUGUCCUGGCCCCUCCCUUUGUGAGCAGACUGCACACAGAUUCUGAGCUGGUGCGCUCGCACGGCCGGAGGAGAAGGUCCUUCAUACGCAAGAAGAGAGAGCACCUGUACUCUACUACUGCUGCUAUUGCUCAAGGUCGGACAGGGGCAGAGCAAAGAGGAAGUGAUGAUGUUACUGUUCCCAAAGACAUAGACCUUGUGGCUUUACCUCAGCUCUGCUUCCCCGGUGGGCUUCAAGUAAUGAGUGAACCAAGAGAAGAGCAGUUUCACUUUCUAGUGUUUACAGAUGUUUUUGGCAAUAAAACAUUUAGUGUUGUCAUGCAGUGUUUUAAAACUAUAGUGGACGACAUGUCACAAUAUCCAAAUCAAAAUGGAGCUGGCAGUCCAAAGCUAUUCUCAGCCUUUAGUUUCUGUGUUAUAUCCAAGUACCCGUUCUUCACAGCCCUGAAGGACAGUUUAUCGUGCUUUUUACCUCAGCUGAGGUCCUGUCGUGUGUCAGACCUGGAGGACAGAGUCAAGGAGUUUGCAGCUAAACUUGCCUUGGUGCCGGCGCCCCCUCCUGGACACUUGCAUUUGAUGUUUUCUCUGAGGCCUCUGACAAUCACUGUGCCGUCAGGGGAGGACAGGGACAGUCCAACUGUGGACCUGCAGCUGCACCUGCCUCUGCUCUGCUUCACACCACAACAGUUACUACAGGUGCUGUCCUGUCUGCUACAGGAGCAGCGUGUGGUGCUGUUUUCUACAGACUGGGCUCGUCUCACUCUGGUGGCAGAGUGUUUACUGCUUUUUCUCUGGCCUCUGUCCUGGCAGCACCCCUAUGUCCCCGUCCUAGCCCGGAGUAUGCUGGACUUCCUCAUGGCUCCUACAGCGUUCCUCAUGGGCUGCCACAUCAGCCAUUUUGAAGAAGUUGCAUCUGAAACCGAUGAUCUGGUCCUUAUUAAUCUUGAUAAUGGAAGUGUGUCGACGUCCUGCUCUGAGACUGUGAAUCUGCCAGAAAUUCCAGGGUCUGCAGCUGAGUGCUUCACACAGAGGUGCCAGUCUUUACAGACUCAGUUUGACUUGAGUCAGUGCCACAGCCCGAGCAGCACCGACAUAAACGAACACAGAGCCCAGAGACGCACCUGGCAACAAACCCUCAACCACGAUAUCCAGAGGAUCUCUCUGGAGCUCAUCGUCAACAUUUUCAGAGAUGUCUGCAGCCAUCUCAACUAUGAGCACAGGGUGUUCAAUAGUGCAGAGUUUCUGAAGACAAGAGAGCCCAAUGAGCAGCUUUUUUACACUAAGGUGUUGGAGACACACAUUUUUCAUUCCUUCCUGAAGGAUCGCCUCAAUAAGAAAAUGGACAGCUUUGCUCGCAUGGAACUCAACACGCGCUCAGAAACACAAAAGAUGAAAGCCAAAGUGGAAGUCUCUCGCAGGCCCACCAUGCAGGAGAUCCAGGCACGCAGGAGGAGCUCUGCGACUGACCACCAGCUGAAGAGACAAGGCAUGAGCCUGCCCAACCUGAGCGACCACCAGAGCUUCCAGAGGACCAGCCUGCUCCACAAAAUCAUCCCUGAUCUAGCAUUUAGAACACCACCUAAACCUGCAAAGAUUUUCAAACUUCCAGACUUCCCAGCCUCCCUGUCCUUCCACUCUGUCCAAGGUUAUUACUUGGAAAUUAUUCAGCAGCUCAACAAGGCGAUCUUCUCUGCACAGCAUGAGAACUCUGCUUUACUCGCAAGAUUCUACUAUCUGCGCGGCCUCAUUAACACCCUCUGCUCUCGCCGGCUGGAUGCUCUGAGUGACUUCCAGAGCUUGUAUAAAACAGACACGGCCAUCUUCCCCACUGCUCUGGUCACAUGGCUCGUGGACUCACUGCACCGCGACGAGAGGCAGCAGGCCGACCGCAGGCCAGAGCUCAAACGACUCAUCCUCAAAGUAAAAACUGAAAAUGAAAAAACAUUGGAUCCCGGCAAUGACCACGUGAAGAAGUUUGAGCUGCCCAGAAAGCCUCUGAGUCUGGAGGAGUUUGUGCGCUGUGUCCAGGAGUGUGGUAUUGUCAAAGACGUGGCCACUAUCCACCGCCUGUUUGGUGCUCUCACAGAUGGUCAGUCUAAACAAGUGGAUCCUGAUUUGUUUCGAGACUUUUACACUUUUUGGAAGGAAACUGAGGCCGAAGCUCAAGAUGUGAACCUGCCCUCUGAUGUGAUUGAGCAGCUGGAUUACAGUGAAUGUGUCUAUAAACUCUCCUCCUGUGUGAAGACAUCGCAUGGAGUCGGGAAAAUUGCCAUGACACAGAAACGGCUUUUCCUUCUUCCUGAGGGGCGAGCUAACUUCCUGGAAAUAACAAAAUUUAGAGACAUUCAGGAAGUAAAGGUCUCUUCUGCCCCAUUCCUCCUCCUGCGGAUCCCGUCUCUCCGUAUAAAGUCCAGCAGCAGGCCUGAGGUGUUUGAGGCCAAUCUAAAAACAGAGACUGAACUGUGGAACCUCAUCGUGAAGGAGAUGUGGACUGGACGCAAGAUGGCCGACCAACACAAGGAUCCCCAGUACAUGAACCAAGCUCUGACCAAUGUCCUGCUGAUGGAUGCUGUGGUCGGCUCCCAGCAAACCCAGAAGUCCAUCUCUGCUGCCUCCAAACUCGCCUAUUUCGAUACACUCAAACAUGAUGUUCCUAUGAUGGUUCCCAAAGUGACCUCUGAGACUCUAAAACAUAAGAUAAACCCGUCCCAGGACCUCCCAGAGCCACAGACUGUGCAUGUGCUGCUCUAUACUCCAGGCCAGUUGACGUGCAGUGACUCUGGCACUGAGAUGAACCCUAAGCUGUGGGUGGCUCUGAGCGGAGGCCGAGUGGUUGUGUUUGACGCCACCAGCUGGUCCAUUCUGCAGGACUGUAUUAUGGUGGGGGAGUGUCAGCUGAAUUGCAUGCUGGGAUUGGUGCAGGAGCAAGUGUGGAUCGGCUCAAAGGACUCUGUGAUCUACAUCAUUGACACUCACAGUAUGUCGUGUAACAAACAGCUGACUGAGCACAGACAGGAAGUGACCGGGCUCGCAGUCGACACACGUGAGCACAAAAGUCAGGCGAUGUACUCAUGCAGCUGCGAUGGCACGAUCCUGCUCUGGGACUCUAUCAGUCUCAAAGUGAAGCGUCAGUUUUACCUGAGCUGCUCCAGACUCUCCUCCAUUCAGAUCCAUGAUGGCUCCCUGUGGUGCGGUUGUGUGGACAGUAUUGUGGAACUGAAAAAGAGUGGGACCCCACAGAGGAGGAUUGUACUUCCUGAUGACGUCCGGAGCAGUAACUUCAGCUGUUUCAUUGUGAUGCUUGAGCAGGGACAGCUGUGGACCGGCUGUGCAGAUUCUGGAGACCUGUUUGUCUUUAGUAUAAACAGUCGACGUUCCUCAAAGAGAAUCACACUCCCUGGAAAUUCAGGGGUCACCUGUAUGAUCCAAGUCAAGAGCCAGAUCUGGGUGGGUUGCCGUGCCAGUGGUGAUCAUGGUGACGGUCAGGGGAGGAGCCAAGUGCUGGUGCUGGACUCAGAGACACAUGAGGUGGACAAAGAGCUGCAGGCGCACACAGACAGCACCCAGACGCUGUGCUCUGCGGAGGGCCGAUACGUGCUGAGCGGCUCGGCCAGAGGGGAUGGCAAGAUUGCCAUCUGGAAAGUCGAGUGAAAUUAUGGACGUGUGGAUUUCCCUUAGAGAUUCUGAAAAGACUAUAGACCUACACUACAUGAGAGGACUUACAACGACUGCUACAUAUAUACAAAUGCACAAAACAAAGAAACUGAAGUCUCUCUACAUUGAUCAACUGGUGGUUUUCUGAUUCUAGAGCGUGAUGAUGUGUCGCUCAGAGUCAGGUUUCCCUAUUGAUUACAUUGUACUUUACUAUAAAAUAUCCAAAAGGUAAAUUCUUAAAUGAUUAACCUGAUCAUUUCUAUUAGUGACUCGACCGAAGAACUCGCUGUAUUACAACCAAAAUCAGCAUUUUAACAUUAUUAAUUUUAGCUGCCCCCUUCUGUAUUAAAUAUUAUGGUCCAAUAAAAUGUUGUGAUGUCAUCUGAGCAGCAGUAAUGCCAAAAAUCCCGAAUCUACAUUCAUUUUUGAACGUUAAACUCAUUAUGUCGUCUCUAUGGGUCAGAUCUGGAGUUACAAUGAACUCAUUCUGCGUAAACUUGAUUUCCACUGUCAG